AUGAUCUGCAGAUCAGACAAAUGUUUGAAACAACAUAAAACGGUACCAGUAUAUAAAAAAGGAAAAUGUAAAGGAAAACCUAGCGGACUAUCACAGUGUCAAAAAUAUUGGAAAUGCCCUACCUGUUAUAAAGUAUUAAGAACCGAUAGAAGGAAAAAAGAAGAUCAUCAGUGCGGAGAAUACCUAUGUACGUCAUGCGAACAAUAUGUAAUGGAAGGACAUUUAUGUUAUUUAAGAGCAACACCAGCCAAGGAACAUUAUAAUUCUAAAUUCAUUUUUUUUUAUUUUGAAUGUUGCCAAGACGAAUUGUUAGAGUGUGAAAAUGGAUACGUACCAAAUAGACAAAGCAAUUGUAAAGACUGUCAAUCACAAGAGUUAUGUAACUCUUGCUCUAAAUGUCAACACUGUAAAUCAUCUUGGUGCGGUAAAGCCACUCAUCGUCCCAAUUUUGUAGUAGCACAUACUGUGUGUCCAAAAUGUAUCGAUGAACCCUUGACCCCCGAAUCUUUAUGUAAAAAAUGCGGUACACGGUGCGACGAAUGUGACAACUCUGAUUUACACGACAAUGAAGACCCUGGACCGUGUCCUGGGAAAUGUGGAUUCAGAGAAGUCACGUUCGAAGGGGACAAUACCGCCGAAAAAUUUGGUGAAUGGGUGUUUUCCCCUCAGCACGAAUAUUUCAAAGUGUUUGCUCAUAAUAUGAAAGGUUACGACGGCUAUUUUCUUUUAGAGUAUUUAAUAGACCAAUCCUUAAGACCAGACAAGAUGAUUUACAGUGGCUCCAAAAUUAUGUAUAUGGCAAUAGAGUCAGAUUUACAUAUCAAAGUGAUUGACAGUCUCAACUUUUUACCUAUGAAAUUAUCAGCCCUCCCUAAAGCUUUUGGAUUGACUCAAUUAAAGAAAGGUUGGUUUCCCCAUUACUUUAACACUAGCGAUAAUCAAACUUAUGUAGGCCCGUACCCAGAUGCUCAGAAAUAUGGUCAUAAUUUUAUGAGUGAGAAAGAGAGAGCCGAAUUGCUAGUGUGGUUGAAUGAGAGAAAAGACGACGUGUUCGAUUUUAGAAAAGAAAUGUUAGAUUAUUGUAGGAGUGACGUACAAAUUUUAAGACAAGCGUGUUUGAAAUUUAGAGAGUUGUUAAUGAGCGCUACGGGUGAAAGAAUAGAGGUGGUAAAUGAAAAAGGAAAGAAAGAACAAAAGUGGGUGGGGGCCGUGGAUCCAUUCGAUUCCGUGACAAUAGCUUCAGUCUGUAUGAAUGUUUUUAGAACUAAAUUUUUAGAAGAAGAAUGGAAAGUUAAAUUUGAAGGUAAUGAUAAUUGGAUACCUUCAAAAUUAAUAGACGGAAAGCUUUAUGUAUUGCGCGGAAACGAAUGGAUUCUACAAACCAAACUCACGGGUGUGAAAGUCAGCGAGACAGAGUUUGUAAGGACACCAAUAGCGAAAAUUCCUCCGACUGGUUAUAAUGAUCAAUAUAGUGAAGCGUCCAUACAAUGGUUAGAAUAUAUGGCGUGUACAAAAAACGUCAAAAUACAACACGCUUUAAAUAAGGGAGAAAAAUCCCUACCCGGAACACGUUACAAAUUAGACGGUUACUGCGAGGAAACAAACACUGCAUAUGAGUUUAACGGAUGUGUGUUUCAUGGCUGUUUAGUCUGUUUCCCAGAUAACCGAGAAGAAACGCGCCAUCCACUUACCAAACAAUCGUUCAAUGAACUGUACGCGUUAACGAUGAAAAAGAAAGCUUACAUCGAACAGCUAGGUAUGAAAUACGUUUGCAUUUGGGAACACGAAUUCAAAAAACAAAAAAGUCAAAAUCCUGAACUGAAACAAUUUGUCGAAAGUUUAGAUCUAAUUGAUAGGUUAGACCCGAGGGAAAGUUUUUUCGGGGGUCGCACCAAUGCCAGUCAACUCUAUUACAAAACGAAAGAACGGGAACAAAUCAGGUACGUGGAUUUCACGAGCUUGUAUCCGUGGGUGAAUAAGUAUUGUCAGUAUCCCGAAGGACAUCCAACCGUCAUAACCAAAGAUUUUAAAGACAUGAAGGAUUAUUUCGGUAUAGCUAAGGUUAAAAUAUUACCACCUAGGGGAUUAUACCAUCCCGUGUUACCAUAUAAGUCAAAUAAUAAGUUAAAAUUUCCGCUAUGUAGAACCUGUGCCGAUACUGAAAAUCCGCACGCAUGCGCAUGUUCAGAACAAGAAAGAGAGUUGACUGGUACGUGGUGUAGUCCCGAGAUUCAAAAAGCCAUUAAAUUAGGUUAUCAAAUUAAAAAGAUAUACGAAGUAUACCACUGGGAAAAAUCGACGCAAUAUGACCCAAAAACGGGAUCAGGGGGACUGUUUGCCAAUUACAUAAACACAUUUUUAAAAUUCAAACAAGAAGCUAGCGGCUUUCCUGACUGGAUAAAUAAUGAACAAGAUAGGACAGAUUACGUGUCUCAGUACUUACAAAAAGAGGGAGUUUUAUUGUGUCGGGCAAACAUCUCGAAGAACCCGGGUUUGAGAGCUCUGGCUAAAUUAUGCCUCAACAGUUUUUGGGGCAAGUUUGGUCAGAGACUAAAUAUGCGCCAGACAGAGUUCUUUCACGAAGUACAGGCCAACCUUUUCUUUCAGUUGUUUGCCGAUCCAACAAAAGAACCUCUAAAUUUUCACAUACUUACCAAUGAUAUGAUACAAAUAGAAUGGCAAUAUAAACAAGACUGUCAACCCGAAGAUAAUAAAACGAACAUUUACUUAGCUACGUUUACAACAUGCUGGGCAAGACUUAAACUCUACAGUGUGCUCGAAAAGCUCGAUAAACGAGUGCUGUAUUACGAUACGGACAGCGUCAUUUAUGUGAGUCGACCCGGACAGUACGAUCCACCAUUAGGAGAUUACUUGGGUGAACUUACGGAUGAGCUAAGUGGAGGGGAGCACAUUGUAGAAUUUGUGUCUGGAGGUCCUAAAAAUUAUGCCUAUAGAACCAACAAAAACAACGAAACUUGUAAAGAUUUAUUUGAUGAAAUGGAACGGUGCAUUCCAAAUUUCUACAGUAAACAAGGACUGCCUUCAGCGGAAGAAAUAGAUGACUUUACCAAAGACAAAAGACAUAAAGUGAUUAUUAUCGAUGAUCUUAUGCACGAAGUGAUGAAAAACAAAGAUAUGGAGCUACUUUUUACACAAGGCUGCCACCACAAGAAAGUGUCUGUCAUACUUAUCACGCAAAACUUGUAUCCAGGAGGUAAACAUGCAAGAACAAUUGCCCUAAAUACGUGGUAUAUGGUACUGAUGAAAAAUUUAAGAAAUGUUUCUCAGGUGGGAAUAUUGGGACGUCAGCUCUACCCCGGUAAAACGAAAGGAUUUGUAAAAGCCUAUGAAGACGCCUUAAGUACAAAACACGGUUAUUUUUUGGUAGACAUGAGUCCACAUGCUGAAGAUAAAUACCGUCUAAGAACGCAUAUUUUUCCCGGCGAGGAACCCCUAGUUUAUAAACUGACGUAA